AAUAUGUUUUUAUUAACGCUAUUGCUUCCGUCGUCUGCUGCACAUUGCGCAUGCGCCUUCGCACUGUAAUAGUUGAUGCUACAGUACGUCUGUAGGGUGAUUGGUGCCUUUCGAUUUUACGGCGACUUGUUUUUUAGGCUUAAAGUAUUGAAUCAUGCUUGACCCAUCAUCUAGCGAAGAAGAAUCAGAAAAUGGCACUCCUGAUGAUGGGGAUGAAAAUAACUCUGAAGUGCUUAGCUUGCCCAGUGGUGAACAGAGAAGCUUGUCAGCAAGUGGGGAUAACUUGAGCGUUGUUGGUGGCCAUUCCAGAUCCAACAGUAUCCGACCAUCAAGUCCAAGUCCAUCGCUUGUUAGUGAUAGAGAAAAGGUUGAGGAUGUAGAGAAGAUCGAAAGAGAGGAGGAAGAAAGAAAAAAGCGUCUUCAGCUUUACGUUUUUGUGAUGAGGUGCAUCGCUUACCCAUUUAAUGCUAAACAGCCCACUGAUAUGGCCAGACGACAAACCAAAGUUACGAAGCAACAACUUCAAGUGAUCAAAGAACGUUUUCACUCUUUUCUUAGUGGUGAGACUCACAUUGUAGCAGACGAAGCUUUUACAAAUGCUGUGCAGAGUUACUACGAAGUUUUUUUGAAAAGUGACAGAAUAGCCAACAUGGUUCGAAGUGGAGGAUGCUCUGCAAAUGAUUUUAGAGAAGUUUUUAAAAAUAACAUUGAGAAAAGAGUAAGAAGUUUACCUGAGAUAGAUGGAUUAAGCAAAGAGACUGUACUGAGUUCGUGGAUGGCAAAAUUUGAUGCUAUUUAUCGUGGAGAUGAAGACCCUAGGAAACAGCCACAACGUCUGACAACUGCUGCCUCAGAGCUCAUUCUUAGUAAAGAGCAGCUCUAUGACAUGUUUCAAAACAUCCUUGAUGUCAAGAAAUAUGAACAUCAGAUUUUAUACAAUGCCUGCCAGCUGGACAAUGCUGAUGAACAGGCAGCCCAGGUCCGCAGAGAGCUUGAUGGAAGGUUACAAGCUGUAGAAGAGAUGGCAAGGAAACGGCAGCACCCCAAAUUUGUGGUUAAAGAAAUGGAGAGCAUGUACCAGGAAGAGUUGCGAUCCUCUAUAAAUCUGCUGAAGUCCAAUUUGGAGAGUCUGCCAGUGUCCAAAGGUGGGACUGAGUCCAAAUAUUCUCUUCAAAAACUCAAGCGCUACAACAGGGCUCAACAUACUUCCUCAUUGUCUAAACUGGACAUCACCGAUGCUGAUAGUGAACCUGGCCUUUCCAAAAUGGAUGUUGUGUUGUCAUUUUCCCUGGAGGUUCAUGUUAUUGAAGUGAAGGGACUCAAGUCUUUAGCUCCAAACAAAAUUGUUUACUGUACAAUGGAAGUGGAAGGGGGAGAGAAACUACAGACUGACCAGGCUGAGGCUUCCAAGCCCUGUUGGGACACACAAGGUGACUUCACCACAACACACCCACUACCCAGUGUAAAAGUCAAGCUAUACACGGAAAGCUCUGGUGUAUGGAGUCUGGAGGACAGGGAACUCGGCAAGGUCGUCAUUCACCCAACCCCCAAUAGCAGCCGCACUCCUGAGUGGCAUACACUGCAAAAGGUCAAAAACUUUCCAGAUGAUCUUCGCAUCAAGAUAGCUGUUCGAAUGGAAAAACCUGCAAACAUGAAACACUGCGGUUACCUAUAUGCAGAGGGUAAGACAGUCUGGAAAAAGUGGAAGAAAAGAUACUUCAUUUUAGUCCAGGUGUCACAGUACACAUUUGCAAUGUGUUCAUAUCGGGAGAAGAAACCUGAUCCAACAGAGAUGAUGCAACUGGAUGGGUUUACAGUAGAUUAUUGUGAACCACGGCAAGAUCAUGAUGGUGGCAAGUAUUUUUUUAAUUUAGUGAAAGAAGGAGACAACCUGAUGUUUGCCACUGAUGAUGAGUCAGAACGUACUUUUUGGGUUCAGGCUAUAUAUCGAGCAACAGGUCAGACCCAUAAACCCACACCUCCAGUUGUCCAGACAAACAAGAUCAGCAAUACUCAGAUCUCUCGCAUGCAGGGAGAUGCUGACAGGGCCAGAAAGCAUGGGCUUGAUGAAUUUGUGCUGGCUAACCCUGAGUUCACGCAUUCGGAUUUCUUCAAGAUGCUGCAGACUCUUACAUUAGACUACCGUCUGAAUGAUGCCUAUACAUGUUUGGGUUGGUUUAGUCCUGGUCAGGUGUUUGUUUUGGAUGAGUACUGUGCUCGCUAUGGGGUUCGGGGGUGCCAUCGUCACCUGUGUUACCUGAAUGACCUUCUUGAAAGGGCAGAGCGUGGCAUUCUCAUAGACCCUACUCUCAUCCACUACAGUUUUGCCUUCUGUGCCUCUCACGUGCAUGGAAACAGACUUUGUUUCCGGGACAUUAUGUGGCCUUUGGUUGAAAGCUGCCUAACACCAAGAUAUCGCAGACCUGAUGGCAUUGGAACAGUUCUUCAAGAGGAGCGCAUGAAGUUUGAUGAAAUAAAGGAGCGGUUGCGCAUCCUCUUAGAGAACCAGAUCACACACUUCAGGUACUGUUUCCCUUUUGGCCGACCUGAGGGAGCACUUAAAGCCACUCUUUCGUUGCUGGAGCGGGUACUUAUGAAAGAUAUUGUUACACCAGUGCCACCUGAAGAAGUGAGGCAAGUUAUAAAAAAGUGCCUAGAAAAUGCUGCCCUUGUCAACUACACCCGAAUUUCUGAGUACGCCAAGAUUGAAGGACGAAAGAAAGGAGGUGUUGAUUCUCUUGGAGAGGAUGUCUCAGCCAAGAAGAAGCUAGAUGACAUCAUGCAUUUGGCAGAGCUUUGUAUCGAGGUGCUGCAGCAAAAUGAGGAACACCAUGCAGAGGAGUUUAAAUCGGCUUUUGCAUGGUUCAGUGACCUGCUAGUUGAGCACGCUGAAAUCUUCUGGUCAUUGUUUGGUGUGGACAUGACAGCUGUUUUGGAAGCUCAGCCUCCUGACACUUGGGACAGCUUCCCCCUGUUCCAGCUGCUCAAUGACUACUUGAGGACAGAUGAGAGCCUGUGUAAUGGCCGCUUUCACCAACAGCUGCGUGAUGUGUUUGCACCACAAGUGGUUCGUUACGUGGACCUGAUGGAAUCAUCAAUUGCACAGUCCAUUCACAAGGGUUUUGAACGAGAGAAAUGGGACAUGCAAGGAAAUGGAUGUGCAACUUCAGAAGACAUGUUGUGGAAACUGGAUGCUCUGCAGUCUUUUAUUCGUGAACUGCACUGGCCAGAGGAGGUAUUUGCUGAUCACCUAGAUCAUCGUCUAAAACUAAUGGCAGCAGACAUGAUUGAAGCUGCUGCGAAAAGGACACUAAAAGCCUUUGAGAUUUGGCUCCGCAAAGGAGGGAAAAGCACAGACUACAUAAUCUACACAGAAAUGUGCACCAUGAUGAACGUCAUCAUUGACUGCAAAAACAAAGCCCUUCAUCUAUGUGCUUUAGACCAUGGGCAGAAUAUGCAUCAGUACCACACCAAAAUUGAUGAGUCAUUGGAGAGAGCUCAAGUUGAAAUGGCACGGUGUCUUGUGGAUAAGUUCUUGUCUGUUUUGGAAGGAGUGCUUAGCAAGUUAGCACGCUAUGAUGAGGGGACAUUUUUUGCUUCUAUACUAUCCCUCACAAAACCUGUCAAUGAGCUUGGUAAUUCAUAUGUGGACUUCAUGAGAUGCAAUCUUGAUCCGCUUCGGCAGAAAAUCACAGACGAACUGUACACACUGUCCUUGUUUGAGCAAUGGUACACUGCCCAGAUGAAGAUGAUAUGUGACUGGCUAACUGACCGUUUGGACCUCUCUCUACACCCUUACCAGCUCACUUGCCUCAUGACAAUAAACAGGAAGUGCUUUAGCGAUUUUGAACUGCAAGGUGUCCCGGAGAAUGUUCUCAACAGCAAAACAUACCAGACCAUAUGCAGCCGCCUGCAGGUCGAGGAAGCAACACAGUCAGUGACACAGAUUGAGAGUGGAAGCAGCCGGACCUUUUUCAGCAAGCCAGCAGCCAGUGCAGGUGGAAGCGGAGAUGAAUCAGAUUGAUCAACGGUUUCCGACUCCUCCUGUGGAAGACAGUUUUUACAUAAUGUAACCCAUUUUCAUUUGUCUGCUUCAUAUGGAGAAAAUGAGGUUACUGUCUUGGAUGAAAUUUUGAUAUGGUUAGCUUCUUCUACUGAAGAUGUCCUGUAGUGGGAAUCAUGUCUCAACUAGCUGAUUGCAAGCAAGGAGAAGAUGAUUCCAAACUGAUUUUGUUUUUCAAGCAUGAAAGAAACAGUAGUUCUAUGACGUUGAACCUGGUAGUCUUUACAAUACCAUGGUGUUUCCUGCAUCACAUGAUGUAUAACCAAGCCAGAACUGUUGAUUUGACUUUUUUCCUCCCCAUAGUAAAAGCACUCUGCAGAGUUUAAACCAAAUCAUUUUGGACAUAUUCAAUCGAUGCUCAUAAUUUUUUCUUACUAUUGUACAGAUAAUCAACUUCAAGAAAAAAUAGUUUUGCUGCAGUUGUUCAUGCUUGUAGGCUGAUUUGAUGGACUCCGUAGACAUCAUUGCUUUGCAAGGGAACUUCAAUAAAGGCAGCUUAUGUUUUGCUUUAUUAGUUGACACAUCAAAACUAUAUUUCUGUGUUUCAUGAGAAAGUUUUUUAAACAAUGACCAAGACAGCAAGUUCUCAUGUCAGCAACGGGAAAUACUUUCAUGUCUUAUUUUGUUUAUUGUCAAAUUGACACUGAUGUCAACAUAGAUAUCUGUGGGAAUCUCGUUAACUUGUGAUAUCACCUGUUGGUUGUGAUGAUAUAAUGAGUCCUUGUUAGAUGAACUUGUUUUGUAUGCAUAGUUGAAGUUUUUAAUCUUCCAACCUAUUUGGAAUGAAGUAUGGACUACAUGUGACCUUGCCUUCAGCUAGACUCAGCACUCUUGAUCUGUAGCAGACAGCAUAGUAGUCUUUCAGUCGUCAUUGUUGGCAUGUCUGGGAUGUUUCUGGACUAUAAUGUGUGUUUUCCUCCUUUUUCUUCACAUGAAAGGGGAACAUUUGAUUAGAAAUUGGACAAAAUGGUCACUUGUUCACAUCCUUUACCUAUAGGUGCUUGUCUGCAUUUGUUUAGAAUAGGUGGGGUGCUAUACAAGAUAAUAAGUUUUUCACACAACAUUGCACACUUCCAGAAUGGGUGCUUAUGCAUGUUUUUGAUACAGCUGUUUUUUUAAACAAAUUUCAAGUUCUGUUAUUCAUGUUGUGAUAGUGUUCUUGAUGUUUUCACUGUACAAGUAUUCAGUGCAAGUUUGAUAAAGACCCUAGUUUUGUUGUCCAGUAUUGAUUUUAAAUAGAUCUUCAUCUUUAGAUAAUGUUAGAAAUUUUUAUUAUUGUUGUCCAUAAUCGAUUUUAAAAGAUCUUCAUCUUAAGAUAAUGUUAGAAAUUUUUAUUAUUGCUGUUCAUCUUGAGAUCCUUUGCUGUUUGUCUUGAAAGUGUAGUUUUCCUUUGACAUUGUCUUUCAAUUUUUAGAAGAUAACAUGACUGAACUUGUGGAUAUCUCACAUUAGAGAUGACCCACAUCCUGUUGGCUAUAUUACAAACUAAAAUAAUCUUUUGCCAGGAACCAAUAUGCAGUAUCUAUCAAGCUACAGCUCUUGUGGUGAGGACGUCAUGGGGGCUUUAGCUGAGUAAAUAGAUCUACUUUGCUUUACAGGGAUGGUCCAUUUUUUUUUUUUUUACGAUACAUGACUGGCCGAUCACUUUCAUCAGAAGCAUGCAAUUUUGGUGAGACAAAAUGAUGAAUUGUUAACUGAUUAGCAGUUAAUCUUACGGGUUUGGGAUCAAGCAGUUGCAUAAACUGUGCCUUCAGGCAAGGAGCCAGAGCUGUAUUAUUAGACUUGGAGCUCGCGUUGGGUGCAGGGGGAAAAUGUGCAAUGGGCACAGAGUUACAGUGACAGUUUAUACCUGGAUUUCUUUAUCAUUGGCACUGCUGAAGUUUAAUGCUGUUGAUAAGAAAUAUCCUGACCAAAAUAAAAGGCAGUCCAUUGUCUCUUUAUCACUGUUAGUUUCUAUUUCUACCAGAUGUAUGUAGAAAAACUUGAAAUUCAUAAACUAUGGAUGGUUUUUGCCCAAUCAUUUCAAAUGUUUUCUCAUGAUUUAAUACAAUACUGUGAUUUUCGUUCCUAUUUAUUGGAAGCCGUUUUCUGACCAUCUGGGGACAUGAUGUACAAAGAUCAUAGAUUCCCACCUGGUAUGAAUGCUUAGGUUAACAUACUACCAUUGAAUCAAUAUCAGACCCUGAGAUAUCAGUCUGAGGAACAUUUGUGUCUCAGCUGAAUGUUUUUUUUUAAAAAGCAGGCAAGAGGUUUAAUAAUGGUAGCAUUGUUUUGGCUUCUGGUGAUAAGAAUAAUUGUGCUAGUGUCUUCGUAAUAGCAGUCCUCUGUUGCGGAAUCCUAAAUCUCCGUAAUUAUUAAUUACAAAGAAUAAAAACAGGUUAUUAAUCUGUAAUUUUUUAUUUCUCCACUGAAUUGAAUUCUGAAUGGUAGGCUUUCUUUUUGUCUAAAUUUUGUGUACCAGAAUGCAUAUACAUGCAAAGCUCGAUAAGAUGUUAAUGAUAGAGCUAUUUGACUCAUCACAAAAUCAUUCCAUUUUAGCAAAAUCUAAGUAUGUCCACAUUACUUCACCAUCCUUUUGUAAACACACCAUGACUCAUAUUCCAACUCCAUUACAAGUCUCUGUGCAGAUUUAAACUGAAGCAAAUGUUUCUUCUGUCCGCAGCACCAUGUAACUAGUAUUUCACACCCCUCCCAUCAUCUGAUCUCUUCCUUUUGUCUGCCUUAGGCUCAAAUUGGGUACAUUGGCAGAUGAUAGGAUGUCUGCAGAAAAAGAUCUGAAAAAACAAUUACCUAAAAGCCAGACUACAUGUGUGCACAGGUUCUGGUAAAACUUGACACUUUAAAUUUUAUUUCCUCAUGCCUACUCUGGGAAAAUAUUAUUAACACUGACAUAGAGUUAGGAUUUUACUUUUUUUUCUUGAUACAAGAAGUAUUAUGCUUAAGGUUUUUGUAUCAUAAAUAUAACUUUGAAUAAACCAGGUAUGUAUGUUAGAUAAAUAGAACACAUUUUUUUUUUAAUGCUGUAAACACCUUGGGCAUUCUAUUACAACCAUGCAGCAAGAGUUUAAAAGCUUUGAUGCCUGCAUCUGAUAUCAUCAUGAGGUUCCUCAUCCAGAUCCAUUACAAGGACAAUGAAGUGAAAAAAAUGGAAAUCAAGAUUUCUGCAUUUUUUUUUAAUGACUGAAAGGGAAUCGCUUUACUGAAGACUAAAUUGAUCUGUUGUAUAAAAAUGAACACGCAGUAUGUUGAAAUAUGUGGUGUGGUGCAUAGUAUGCUUAAUUUAAAACAGAACCUUUCAGCGUUUACGGUGAUAUUUAUCUGCUGGGAGGAGUUUUUGGCCGAUUCUGUUACUCAAACAUUUAAUCUUUCGUAAGGAAAAAGCUAGCACAAGAAGCAUGACUACGAUGUGUUUUUCAUCCAUUACUGUUCUUUUGGUUAGAAUGACUAGGUGUCAAAUGCCUGACACUUUGUCAUGAGACAUCUGUUAGCCAUCGCUGCCUGCUCCCUUCUAUCAACCACAUCAUCACAAAUGUUAUGGCUGCUUUAUCUCACUCACAUUGUACAUCACAAAGUAUCUUAUGUCUGCUUCCAUCACAGUUUUCUUGCAUGCGUUAUCAAAUACCCGCACUCCUGCUGUCUCUGUUCUUACAUAUCAUCAGGGAACAUUUUCAGAUAUACCCUUUGUUAUCUGGUAUAGUGUGAGACACCAGUUGACAUUAUUGUUGAUUAGAUUGAAAUCAACAUCAGCCCUCAAAUACUCCCAUUUCUUUUCUCAUUUUCUGGCCCUCAAAUUUUUGCAAGUCUCUAUAUUUAGGUUUUGCGCUUUAAGACCAAAUACUCAUCUUGUAAAUGUCUUUAGCAAAUAUCAGUAUUUUUUUUGCAUACAUCUUUUGUGGAGUUCCACCCCUUCCUUUGCUAGUUUUCCAUCAUUUAUUCAGCUGUUUGGAAUAGAUUUUAAGGAUUUGUUUGCAUAUUGAACUGUUUUUCUUACUUCAUUUUUGUGUGUGUUAAUGACGACAAAAGUAAUAUAUUAUUUUGUUGCAUAUUUGUGACAAAUUAAUCACUUGUGAUAUGAACAUUUGAAUUAACGAAACCUAAUUUAUACUUCAUUUCAUGCUGCAAUUUUAAUGAUGUUACUUCUUUGCAAUGACAAAAGCUAAUUUGAGAGUUAGCAUUACUAGCAAGCAACUGUGCACAGUUAUAUCACACUGCACUCAUCCUUGUAUUUGUUUAGUGGAUGCAUGUUGUGCAACAUUUUCUUCUCAAUACAUGUGAUUUGCUAUUUUUCUGGCACUGAUAUUUCAUGCAUCAGUAUUGCCUGAAAUAAAAAAAGUGAUCAGUUUCAUAAUUAGAAAGGAGUUUGGGAGUGGGGAAAGAGGUAAAAAAAAAAAGAGAACCAGACACUUGAAAUUGCCAUUCUUUGGUCAAUCUAAAAUCAUUUUAUUCCUUUGUCUUCAUCUGACUUUUAUGCUUGAAUUACAUAAACACUGCAAAUCACAUGCAUGUUUUGGAGUUAAGUGUCUGACAGUUGCAGAAGAGCUAAACAUUUUGCACCCAGGGUAUAUGCCAUAAUAAAAUAACACUAUUUUCAGUGAACUUACGUUCACUGUAGCAAGGAGUAUCUUAGAAUGUUCAUGGAAGCUGGCAAACAGCCUUACUACAGAACAAGUUUAGAAAUGAAGUUGUAUUAAGCUGAUGCUCAAUAGCGUGCAUCUAAAACUGUGUCUACUGUAGUGGGACAAAAUAUUUUAGCAGCACAAGUCUUCUAGGCACAUUUGAACAUUUUUCCUAUUUAAGCCAAGGGUAAAGAAGGUGUCAGAUGAGAUGAACUGGGUGAAGAUUCACUUUUUUGAGACUACGGCUCAAGGAAAGAGGAAAAGUGAGCCUUUCUAGUCGUAUUUGGCCAGCCUCUCAGUGCCUGCAUUGGCCUUAGAUUAGUGGUUAUGUUUGUGUGAAAUCCUUAAACCCAAGAUUUUUAAAGUUGCUGUGUAAAUAUUUUCAAUCUUGCUCAAGAUUUUUAAAUGUUACCCUUUUGUCUCAAAAUGUUACUCAAAUCAGUCAUAGGACAGAGUGAACGUGUGUGGUUGUGCGGAUGCAUGAAUGUCUGUGUACACAUACCUGCAUAAACUUACUGUCAAAUAGGGUCAACUUUGCGUGCACUCUCCAGUGUUUUGGUGCACAUGUAAAUAGCAAGUUAACUUGUUAGCAAGUGAUUGGUGAUAAUGUAAUGUUUGCCGUUUAUUAUUCUUUGUUAAUACUGUGUGUAGGAAUGAACCAUGUACCACUUUUAUAAUAGAGGUUAAACAGUUUUCAAGAUAGAAGUACUGCCUCUGUGCACCUUUAUCUCAGGCUCCUUUGUCAUAGAUAAUAGACUCAAAUUUUGAGGUUUCACUCCAUCUUUUAGAGAAACUGUGGUAGAUGGUUGCAUUUUGUUUGCAUGCAACAUACUUCAGGUCUUUUGCUGCCUACCUGAUAAGUCGUCUUUUGUGUAUAUGAUGACCUGAAAGGACUGGUGCCAAUAUAUUGCUUGCAGUAAAGGACUUAGCAUCCACAACACUCCACCCUGUGCCUCCACUAGUUUGUAAUUCUUUGAGAAUCAUAAAUACCAUGGUUUAUUUUCUUUGUAGUUUUUAAAAAAAAGACAGAUGGUGCUUUUUUAAAUUAUAUGGACUCUUAAAAUGUGUGCAAAUUUUGGUUUUAUGAUUUAUAUUUUGGAAGAAAGCCACGAAAGACCUGUAAAACUGAGUGAAUUUUGGAAUACAUUUAGGUGAUGAACAUUGGUGCCCUUUACCUUUCAAGUCUGCUUCCACUUGCAGAACUGAAAGGGAAGUUUUUUUUUUUCCUUUGGUCAAGUUUCAAAGAACUCUUUAAAAGGUUUGUACACCAUUUAAUAUUUGUAGUCCAGUUUGAUUUGGUGAAAGGUAUAGAUAAAAGCUAUAUGUUGCUACUGUAGGUCAUUCUAGAGCUCAUGGCGAAAUUGUCAAACAGAUGUGCUUUGAAUCAUUUUGAUGCUAGCUCUUUGCUAGUUUUGCUUUGUGGUUCUUUUUUUUUUUUAAAGCGCAACUAUUGCAGAAAAUGAUACUGUGGGUUUAGAUUUAUGACUAGAUUCAAAUUAUAUUGCUGAGAAAUUCUUCGUUCUAUCAAAUUGGUGCUCCUGAAAAACAAUGCUAUACCUUGUAGGCAUCUCAGGGGACCAAAAAAUAAUCUUAAUUUCCUGAAAGAUGGUAAAUGAGAGAUACAGCACCAUCACCAAAAAAAAGUCAACAAAAUUAAAAGAUUUUAAAAUAAAAUUUUGUUGAGAAACAUGUUCAAAGGUUUAUCUGAAAAACUUCCUAUUGGAAAAUGUAUACGAAAGAGUUUAUACACACUAGAACUGUUCAACAGUCGUUAAUGUCUGAUGAUUAUACUAGGAGGGUUUCAGCAUUGUUCAGUCCUCAAAAGUUAUUUAUAUCGCAGGUUUUUUUAAAAAGCAGGUCACACCACAUGGUGCAUCUCUCUUCAUCUCAGCUCCUUCAAGAUCUGUCUUUAUUCCCACUUUUUCAGUUUUUAGACAAGUGCGUAGCUACACAAAGAGUGGCAGUUAGCUUUCUUACUUCUGCAAAAAUAGAGAUGCUGAACACUUCCAAGUUUUUAUGUUCAAUUCAUUGUGGAAAUUGCGACACUGCAUUGGAGAUGCUUUCCAAUGUCUUAUGAAGUGAAUUUAUGUAGGUUCCGUUUCAUUAGCAUGUUGCUUGUGACUGUUUUCACCACCAUUUUGGGGAUUUUGAGCCUUGAUUUGCUUGUGCACACUGCAAACAAGAUUUUAUCAUAGGUGCACUGGUCUGUUGUAGUCAAGAUGUACUUAGAACUGCCAUUUUUACCAGUAUGUAGAUAGACACUAGCUUCUGAUUAAAUAUACCAUUAUAUGCAUGCUUAAAUUUAAGAGAAAAACAUAUAGGCUGUGUUAAAAUUACUGAUCUGGUUUUCAUUUUACUCUGUAUCCUUAUGCAAAGUUUACCUAAUGUGCAAUAAAUUGUUUUGGAUUUGCAUACUUAUUAAAUAGACCAAGAAAAGUA